UUAUUCGUUUUUACGCGUACAAUAAAACGAGUACUUGAGCUGCAUAAUACGGAUUUCCCAUAGCAGGAAAAAGCGGUAUGUACUUCUAAUAUCCGUUUCUUUUGCAAAAAUAUUAGCUUCUAAUAUUUAUUAGAAAACAGUUGUAUUUAUAUGCAUCAUAUAUCAAGAUGAGAGAUUGCGGUUGAUAAGACCAAAAAAAAAAGUAGAUGCGACAAUGCCAAGGUCAGGUCAUUUUGAGAAAGUCCCAAAUGGAUUUGAUUGGUUAGAUUAUCCCGUUAGUUUUUUUUUUCGGGGCAGUGGCCUAAAUGGAUUACAUAUUCUUAAGAUAAACCAACCUUUUUCCAUUUCUUUUUCUUUCAUCUUUUCUUAAGAUAAAGAAGAAGAUGUCCCAACCUCGAAGAUCAUUUUCUGCUGGUCCUGCUACUGGUACCGAUGCCCAACUUGAAGCUAUUGAUGACUUGAGACAACAUUUCAAGUUAACUGAUGAAGAAUUGAAGCGUUUUCGCGAUGAUUUACGUGUCGAAAUGGACCAUGGUCUUAAGUCUCACGAAUCCAACAUGGCCAUGUUACCCUCUUGGGUCUUCAAGCAUCCUACAGGCCAAGAAACAGGCGAGUAUCUCGGUUUAGAAUUAAAUGGUUCCAAUGUCCGUAUGUACCUUGUCAACUUGCACGGCCAAGGUCGCAUUACGACGCGUCAACAAAAGUUGGUUGUUCAUGACCAUCUCAAGAAGGGCUCUGUGACAGCCAUGAUUGACUUUUUGGCUGAAAGUGUGGAUUCUUUCUUAUCAUUUGUUGGUAAAUACGAACUUAAGCAACCUUUAGCUCUUGGUUUUGUCCUCUCUUUUCCUCUUGAACAACACGCAUUGAACAAGGCUGUUGUGCUUCAAUGGACCAAGGACUUUGAAGUCACAGGUGCUAACGGCAAGAACAUUGCUGAACUUUUGCAAAUUGCUUUCAGACGUCGUCAUAUCAAUGUGAAUGUAGAAGCUGUUAUCAAUGGUGCUGUUGGUUGUCUCUUGGCACACAGCUACCGUAGCUUGGAUACAUUGGUUGCCUGUACUAUCAGCACAGGUACAAACGCAGCCUAUUGGGAAAAAGUAGAAUCAAUUGAGAAGAACAAGGACAAAUUAAAGGACUGUAGAGAAAGUGAUAUGAUCAUCAAUACAGAAUGGGGAUCCUUUGGUGACAACAAUCCCACCUUAUUACCUCGUACCUUUUACGACAACCGUUUGAAUCGUCAAUCAGUUAAUCCUGGUGUUCACGUGUUUGAAAAGAUGGUCUCUGGUCUCUAUCUUGGUGAAAUUGUGCGUCUUAUCAUGGUUGAUUUCCUUGACCGUCGCUUGCUCUUUGAUGGCCAAUAUACACCUGAACUCAAUACCCCUUAUCAAUUUGAAGCUUCUUAUAUCAGUGCUGUUAACUCGGAUGAAACUCUUGAAUUAGAAGGUACAAAGCAUAUCUUGGAAUCCAUCAUGAAUUUGCCCUCAACCACUUUGUCUGACCGUCAAAUUGUCAGAACCAUUUGUGAAUUAGUCUCUCAACGUGCUGCUCGUCUUGUAGCUGCUGCUAUGAGUGCUAUUAUUGACAAGAGAAAUGCUAUUGAAGAAGGCUUAACUAUCAGUAUGGAAGGUACUGUUUAUGAACACUUCCCUAAUUUCCCUGGACGUGUUAACGAUGCAUUGCGAAGCUUCUACGGAGAUCGCGUUGCACAUAUUAAUGUUGGCAUUACUCGUGAUGGUAAUGGUAUUGGUGCUGCUUUAGCUGCUAUGCUUGCUAUCAGUCAAAAGCAACAAGCAUAAACUAUUCAUUUUUUCUCUCUUUUUGGUGUAAAUAUAUAUGUUCCUUGAAUCAUAAUAAACAGCUUAAUAUAGUCCCGCUA